AUGGCUGUUAAAAAACAAAAGAGUUUAUUGAUAGCUUAUAUAUUAUUAAUCUUUGGAGGCAUUAUUGGACUUCAUCAUUUCUAUCUUGGUCGUGAUCGCCACGCUUUCCUAUAUUGGUCGACAUUGGGUGGACUAUUCGGUCUUGGAUGUUUACGCGAUCUUUGGCGAUUACCUACUUAUGUCCGUGAUGCAAAUGAAGAUGACUUUGAUAAACCAUCUAAACCAAGUAACCGCAAAAAGAAAGAAGUAAAAGGAUCAGCCAGUAACCGCAAACAAAAUGAAGUCAAAGGACCGCCAUUUGUAUUUGUACGAUUAGUAGCCCAAGUCAGUGUUGCUUAUGUUUACGGUCUGAUUACAUCCAUGAUCGUUCCAUUAGACAAUCAAUUUCAUUAUUACGUCUCAUUUCUUUUUUUGGCCAUUGGAGAAGCAAUUGCAAUUUUUACAGUAGCCAAUGUUGGCCGACAUAAGCUGGCAAUAAAACCAGCUUUAUAUAUUUCUAUACUAGCUGUAUUUUUUAAUGUUAUCUGUUUUGGCCAUGAAAACCAUUCGCAAAUUAUUUUCUUGACUGCAUUAAUUGCAAGCCCGGCUGCAUCUAUGUGUACCACAUAUAAAACUCCUAAUGAGUUUAAGUGUCAUCGAGGCGUAUUUCGACGAUGGCUAAUAUUAGCCUUAGCUGGUACUUUAUACAUAACUGCUAUUUCUAUAUCGAUCUAUCAUCAUGGUGAAGUUACCUCAGAAGAUGGUGAACGUAUCAAGGUCAAGGAUGCUGUAGAUCAUUUCUUUUCGUCACCGUUAUGGCUAGAAUUUAAGGAAGUGCUAUACGCAAUUUAUCAAGAAGGAAAGCAAAAUGGAUGGUGGCAUGUUUGGAUAGAACUUAACAAAGCAUUAGAUCCUGAGGGUGAAUCGAAUGCCUUGAAGGUGUUGGGAUUGAGUAUGCAAGCGACCGAUGCUGAAAUUCGACGGCAAUAUAAAAAAUUAAUUUUAAAAUGGCACCCAGAUAAAAACCCAAACAAUUUAAGAGAAUCAGAACAGAAAAGUAUCGAAAUCAAUAAAGCAUAUGAAAUAUUAUCUAAAGUACGAAACAGAAGAAAGUUAAAAGCAAAUUCUAGUGCUAGUUAA